AGUCGUAUCCCACCACCACAUCGGCCCCGUACACAACACACCCCGCGUCCGAAUGGAGAACGCCGAUCAGACGGUGAGGCGGAGGAUCAGCAGGAUCCAUGACCACGUGGCUGCUUCUGCCGCGUCCGAUGAAGCCUUUCCACCCUCCCCCCACCUCUUCCCCAUGAACUGCAGCGGUACUCUCAGCACUCUGAUACAGAGGCGUGACAACAGACUGCUAUUUGCACGGCAAACUCCUGCCUCUCGUGGUCGCUUCAUGCAACAAGUCGAAAUAAGUCAGGAUACUGGAUCCGGUGGUUCUCAGCCUAACACGCUUCCUAAUUGUUUUCGUUCUGGAGGCAGUGCUUCUUUCCAGAAUCCUGGAGAACCCUUAUUCUCCAGAAAGACCAUGUUUGAUUCUACCGCACCAUCAUCGAGAACUGAGACGCCCAUGAAACAAGGUACCAUGUUUUCUUCGUAUGAGGCUCCAUUGUUCGCCAGAGAAAAUAGUGGAAGGAUCGAAAAGCAGCAGCUUCGUUGCGGCGGAAGACGGUCUUGUAGAGGCAUCGAGUGGUCUCCUCGAAUGGAUGUGACAGAAUCUGGGCCAAAAUAUGUUGUGACGGUGGAACUUCCUGGUGUCCGCGCCACUGACGUUCAGGUGGAGGUGGACGAUGACAGCUUGAGGAUCAUGGGAAAACGCCUGGUGAGCCAGUGGAGGGUGGCCAAUGGUUGUGAGGGUUGGAAACCAACCUACCAUCAAAGGGAGAUCUUAGAGGGCCCGUACCGAGUUGCUUGGCGUCUUCCCAAAGAUGUGAACAAGGAUGGUGUUUCAGCUGAACUCAUGGAUGGCUUUCUUCGAGUCACUCUUCCUAAGUUGUAAACAAGUACGAGGAGCUGCUAUCUCCUUCUAUGCGAUGGAUAGUCUGGUCUAAUAAACGAUACAAGCCUUCUGUGUGAGGUAAAACAGUUGAAGAGAGGAAGCAUCAAAAUUACAGAAAUGUAAUUGGUUGCGAUAGUUCGUCCUUUGAUUAUAAUAGCAUUAUAAAAAUGUUGUUUUCUUAUAGCAAGCAUGAUGGCGAUGGAUCACAAUCUUCGCACUAAGAUUUUGGCAGUCCUUUGUAGCUUGCUCUGAAUAAUCACAAGUAGUUGAACAGUA